AUAACUGCUUAUUUCUUAUCCCUGGACGGAUCAAAUGCAGCUUACUAUUCCAAAUAUCGUUUAAAGUACAGAAAGUUGUAAAUAUGUCUGUAUUGUAAUUAGUGAUUUUUUUAUCUAUUCUACAAUCGUAAUUAUACGUUAUAUUACGAUACAUGUGACAUAUUCUGACACAUAUGUAGUACAUAUGUAUGUGCUAUUUAGGUACUGGCUGUUAGUACGUUAUAACAGGUUAUAGUAAGUUUGAAACUCUUUUAAUGUGCAUGGGGUCGCCUUGUUUAUAUUGUCAAGUGAGGAAAUCUUUAUUCAAUUGACAGUAUCUCCAGAUUGAUAAAAAGGUUUUAAGAAACGCAUGACAAAAUUCAUUUCCAUUACUAAUGGAGGAUCGAAAUAAAUUGCAAUCAGAAUGGAAAAGACCAGACGAAGUAAUGCAGUUGCAUCGUUUAAAAAUGAAAAAGCGUGCCCUACAAGCACGUAUAAACAAUACACGCAUUAAUAAAAAAAAUUUAGAAUCAGAGCCUACACAAAAAACCAAUAAUCAAAAUAUUGUAUCCAAUCAUUGUGUAGGUCAAAAGCGAAAGAAUCCUUUCAUUAAAGAUGAAACAGAUAAAAAGUUUAAUAUAACACCUCCAGACAUAGAUGCUAGUAAUGAUAAUACACUAUUUGAAUUAUUAAAAAUAAAAGUCCCAAAAGUGAGUGAAACAGAAAACUCAAUAAAUGAUUGUUCUUUAACAUUUAGCAAUGCAUUUUUACAAUUGGAAGCAAAUAAGGAUAUUUUGGAUUUAGAAAUACCGAAAGGUGAAAAAUAUAUUCCAAUAGAUUGGACUUUAAAAACUAAAAUGAGAUUUAUGUCUCCAAAACCAUUUCCUUGGAAUUGUAAAUUAAAAACUAGCGAAGAAGCUUCUGGUACUACUGGUUUUGUAAGAUGUUUGGAUAUUAGUGAACAACAUUCAACUUUAGAUACUAGUCCAAAUGCAAGGUUACACCGAUGCUGCUUAAUAUGGCAGCACCCUUCAUUACCAUGGUUGGAGUUAUUUCCUCGUUCUACUGGGAAAGUAAGUGCAAAUUUAACAAGUAAUUCUAUGAUUGUAAACAACAUGCUCAUUAAAGAAGCUUUAUACAAAGAAUGGAGUGAAAGCUUUAGGUCACUUUUUCAUUUAUUGAGAGCACGACAAUGUCCAUAUUUUUAUGUUUGUGCGACCAAUUUUACUGUAUUAUUCCGUGCUGCUGGAAUUUGUGGAAUUUCUGAAGCUCAUGCACUUUUGACACCUACAACACGUGGUUUUCGACAGUCUUUAAAACAGGAAGAAAUUGAAUAUACAAUGCCUUUGAGAAAAGAUGGUAAACGGCAAUCAGAUGUAACUGAUUCAGGAUGUGAUACAGCAGAUUCAGGUACAUCAUUGAGCUAUAUAGAGAAUCAAAAUCUUGAUGAUGAAGAUGAAACGCAAGAUGAAUGGCUGCAGAGCUUAGGAGUUGAAAAUUCUGAAAUUCGUAAAAUUAACAAUUCUCAAGCAAGAAUGACAUUAGAAAAAGAAACUGAACUGGACAAUAUGAAACAAUCCUUGAUUUUUGUAAAAGGUGUAGAGUCACAAGCUUUAUUUAACUUCUUAAUUAAUUGUAAAUCUGCCAUUACAACAACUGGCCCUUUAGCAGGAGUACCUCCAACUCUUUUAUCACCAGUGGCUUUUCACGGUGCAACAUUAAAGCCAAUUAGGGUUAAAGAAAGCAUAGUUCGUGUUGACAGUGAAAAAUAUUUUUCUCUGGAAUUAAAAGGACCCCUCCUACCACAUGUCUUGCCUUCACUCUGUUCUUUAAUGAAAUCUAGUCAGUUAGAACAAUAUUCUGCGAGUUGUGCACGGUUACACUCAACAACUUCAUUUUCAGCAAUGAAAAAUAAUUUUGAACAAAUGGAAUUAGGAAAUAUACCAAAAAUUCCAGAAAAUGUUUUUGGUAAAGAGAAUUUGAGCGAUUGUGGAUUCAGUAGCGAAUUAUUAAAGGAUUUUUGUAGUCCUGAUCCAACAAAUAUUCAAAUUAUAGAAAAUAUUAAAUUUUCAAAUAAUUCAUAUACAUGGUCUUGACAAAUGAUUGUAAUAAUAUAGGAGAUUAUAGCAAAGUUUUAAUUGAUUAUAUUUAUUAAUUAAUUUGAGGAAGAGAAUUUAGAUAUUAGGAUAAUAUGAUUUAUUCUCAAAACUACUCAUCAAUGAAAUCAAUUGAUUGAAGUUAUUUGACGAUUUAAAAUUCAUUGGAUCAGUGAACAUCAAAUUAAAAUAUUAAAUAUAAGGAUUAUCAAAUGGUAACAUAAUAUUAAUUAGGGCAGUAAUAAUUAUUAUCAUUGCUAUUGAAAUCUAUACAUUUACUACAAUAAUGAUUAAAUGUAUAACAGAUCAUUUACAAAACUGGCACUAUAUUAAAAUCAGUAGAAUAACUAUACUUUGUGAAAAUUUUUUAAUGAAACGGUUAUUUUACUAUGUAAAUAUUUAACAAUAAAUGAUAAUCGUUUAUUCGAUCUGUUUUAAAACAAAGUCGCUAUAAAAUUUAAAUACUUAAAACUAUAUUCUAUCUUAACGUUGUUUCAAUCUAAUUAUAUUUGUUAAUUAAUUACAGUAGAUGCACUGUAGAUGCACUAUAGAUGCACAGUAGAUGCACAGUAGAUGCAAAUUAGUUUUUAUAUAAAACAUGUGCAGAAAAUAAUAAAUAAAUAAACUAUUAUAACUUAUAUGAUUUUAAUAGAAAUAAAAUUAAUUUUUAUCGGUAAAAAUAUUUUGUAAUAUCUAAAAAUUGUAUUAAAUUUACAAAAAAAUAUUGUUAAUAAAAAUUGUAUAAAAAUA